CAACCGCCAUUUUGAGACUCACGCUUUUCUUUUAUUUUUCUUUUAAUUUUUUAUGUUAUUCAGUUUAUCCUUUUCACUUAUUACGUUUAUCAAUGGCUGCAGAAGACAUUUGCAGUGAGUAUUCUUCAUCCCUGGAGGAUUUAACGUUCAAUUCAAAGCCGCUCAUCAACGUGCUGACGAUGCUUGCAGAAGAAAAUAGCCAACAUGCUACAGAAAUUAUAAAGCUAAUUGAAAAACGAAUAUAUGAGGUUACUAUUGAUAAAAAGCUCCCCUCAUUGUACCUGAUGGAUUCUAUUGUAAAGAACAUUGGCAAAGAGUAUAUCACUGCAGUAUCUCCAUGUAUUGUUGCUUUAUUUACUCAUGUGUUUGAGCAGGCAGAUGAAAAGAUUCGAAUGUCCAUGUUUAAACUGAGAAAUACAUGGCCACCAAUAUUCCCAGCGAAGACACUUCAUGAACUAGACUGUAGUGUACAUAAGCGUGACCCUGGAUGGCCUGUAGUUGAACCACCACCUGCCAGUCCAUCUAUUCAUAUUAAUCCCAAGUUUCUUUCUAAGGUGGAGGAAAAUGAUGAAAGUAUGACGAGUUGUUCUUCAUCUGACGAAGCAAAGAUCAUAGAGGAAUUUGAACGAAAAAAGAAAGAGCUGAAUCAACUGCAAGGAGAGCAAAUGAGAUUGCAAAUGAUGCAACUAGAAGAAUUACAAAUGAAAUACGAUUUGAUAAAAAAGAAACAAGAAAAGGACAGACAAAACCUUUUAAAACAACAAAAAGAGCAAUUACUAAAGAUGAGAUUACAACAAGAAGAAGUGCACUCUGCAGAGGAGGACUCAACUGAUUCCAAACUUUCUGAUAAUUCUACCGCCGUUCAACAAAGCAUCAAAGACCCUAGACUUAAAAAACUUGAACAAGUAACAGAGAGCAAAACAGAGUCUGAAGAAACCUCUUCUGACAACUCUAACAUUGAACCUGAAAAAACGAAGGAAGAACCUUCUGCGGUGAAAAAAGAUAGUGUCGUUGAGAAACAGGCGGAAAAAGUAGGUUUUGACCAGGAAUUUGUUCCACUUAAUAAAAAUGAUGACAAUGUAAACCUGGCACCUGCUGUGGCGUAUAAUAGAGAUAGGCCUUUGGGAAAGAACAGGUAUUUUAGAAAGGACCCAAAAGCUAAAAUAAUGAAAAGUGAUAGUGACUCGGGCUCGGAUUUUCCAGAGAACAAGGACUUAGGUAAGGACGCGCUGGAAGGCAACAGAAGGGGUAGAAGAUUACGUGGGAGCGGACAUCAUGAUGCUAGACAGAGACAUGAGCAUGCUAAAGAAAACAAAGAGAGAAAACGUAAUGAUAGAGAGCGGGGUAGAAGACGACACCCAGGUGAACGACCAGGAAAUCAUCCCAGUGACAGACCAGGAGGGACUACAGGGGAUCGCACGGGUUAUGACCUCGCCGACGGCAGAAAUCAUAGACGUCAAGGUGACCUUCCAAAUGAACAUGCGAUGGGCCAUCUUGACGAACACGCCAUAGGUCGUCAUGGUGACCGACCUGGUGGUGAUCAUCCUGUAGACCGUCCAGGGAUGCGAGACCGUCCAGUGGACAGACCUGGUGAUCGUUACGGCCGUCGAUAUAAGGAUAAUUCGGGUCGUCCUGGUUACCCUCAAAGAGGACGUCACAGAGGCCGUCCAGGUCCUGAUAUAAGACCCAGACAUCCUCCAAGAAGGGAAUACGAUGAGAGCAUGCGCGAUGAAUGGAGUAGAGGUCGAGGGCAACGCAGACCACACCGAGGACAUAUGUCGGAGGGACCGAUCGAAGGACGAAUUCGUCCCCCUCAAGCAGUUGAUAGCACAGGUAGAUUAGCAGAAAGACGAGAUCAGGGUUUUGAUCGACCCGAUGGCGUUCCGUUUGAGCGAGGUUUUGGCGAGGAACCGCCGUACAAAAUGUCCCGAUCAUCAUCACCCAGACCUUUACUCACUGAAAGAGAGAUUUCUGAAAUUCGAGAGAGACGUCGCGACUCCCCCGAUCAUCCUUUAGAGGAAUGGCAUGAUGAACCUGGAUUUCACGAGCCGUGGCGACAUGGCGACAAUAGAAACCCUCCCCAUGACUUCUUCCAAGGACCACGACCACGGUUUCCACCUUCCCGAGACGCACCUUUUCCACCUCGGGGUAUGCGAAAUGAAUUUAUACCCCCGCACUUCCCCGGGGAUAUAGAAAUUCCUAUGGAACUCACAUUGGAUAACGAAUCAGAGAUUUUGAAAAGUGCUGAACAUCGUUUGCGUACGGGUGAUCUGUCCAAAGAACAACACCAAGAUUUAUUGGAGAAGCUUGGUCAGUUGUAUGAACUCCAAAAAUGGCAACGUCGUCGUAGCAUUGAUAUGCAAGCACAACACGAGCCAGGCCGUCCAUCAUUCGUACCCGCAUCGCACCCACAUGCUGAUAACCUUACUCCCGCGCAUGGCAAACCAAUGAUAUCCGAUUUGAAUAAUGACCAAGAGAGAAUGGUGCUCGGUGAAGCUGAUGUGUUUUCUAAUCAAGGACCUGUCGACAUGACGGGAGAAUAUAGAGAACAUUCUCAAUCAACUGACCCGAUGUUGCCUCGUAACCCUGAAUCUAAUGUUUUAUCCGACAAAACUGAACUAGAUGACGCUCCUCCAUCAAACUUAGUAAUGGAGAAACAGACUGUGGACGAUCUAUUUAGAAGACUAAUGGACACUGGUAUUAUCACCAAAGUCAACCAGCGAUUAUCUCCUGCCAGAGCAUUGACACCUCCUGUAGUCGAAAAACAAAUAUUGCAAGAAAUUCCUGUUCUUCCACAAAUACCAAAACUGCCGGAAAUAAAGUUAACCCUCGAUCAUCUUCGCAGGCGUUACGAUGGUGUAAUCAUGGAACUGCAUCGCGGUAAUCAGUGCUCAUCGUGCGGUUUGCGUUUUAAAGAAGCAAACAAUGAAAAAUAUGGCCAGCAUUUGGAUUGGCAUUUCCGCAUGAACAGAAAAGAAAAAGAAACAGUGGCCGCCCAUCGAAAUUGGUUCAUCACCGCCGAGGACUGGUUAGAGUUUGAGUCAUCCGAGGAUCCCAAAUUAAAAGCUCGAAGCGCUGUAUUUGAAGCUGAAUCAGAGGGAGAAUCAGAGAAAAGCGAAGAUUUACAAGAAGGAAGUUGCCCUGUCCUGAACGAUGACACCGAGUCUGAGAGGCAAUGUGAUAUUUGCUUCGAAAAAUUCGAAACAUAUUGGGACGAAACAUCUGAAGAUUGGCAUUACAAGAACGCAGUAAGAGUCGAUGGAAAGACCUAUCAUUAUUUAUGUUACCAAGAUACCAAUGAGGCCGACGAGAGUGACAUGGAGACAAGUGAUGGAAAAGAAAACACUGAAGAUAAAGAAGAUGUUGACCAGGAUACUUCAGAAAAUAACGAAGCAGUUGCGAUGGAAAAUAAUGACGUUAAACCAUCUAUAGUAACAAAAGAUACUACACUAGAAUCAGAAGUAGAUUCGGUAGUGCAGGGGAGUGAUGAGGUAGCCUUAACGAACACCAAUAAAGAAGAGAUAAAAAACGAGUCUUCUUAAAAUUCUACGUUCCACGACACUUCACCAUUCUUUACCAUUUUCUGAUGUCGCUGUAUUUUCGUCUGUCUUUCUUAUAAGUUUGCCUCUGAGUUGAAAAAACAGCGUAUUGCUGUUGGAGACAUUUACACGAUAUGAAUGCUUCAAUCCUCCAUUUCACGUAUUUUGUUUUUCCACUUCUGAUCGUGGUCAAAUCGUAUCGCUGUGAAAGUUAUGAGAAUAAGCAUUGAAUUAAAAUCGACGCAACCAAUCUUGGUUGUGAACGUAUACGUUCAUUUAAAGAUAAAAACUCGUUCUUCCAAUUCUUCGUGAGAUUCUAGAUUUUUGUCAGGUUUUUUCCCUAACACGUUAGUUUUUGUGUUGUUCGUUGUGUUUUUGUGUUCUUCCUCUUAUCUUGAUGUUUGCAUCGCUGUAUUUGUCCUUCAAAUGAAGCGCGCGUGCGCCCUUUACUGUUGAAAACAAGGAGAAAAAUAAAAUUGAAAACCAAACUUUGCUGUCUAUUUUAAUACAAAUUCUAUAUAUGGCUCUUGCAAUAUGGCGUGUUCUAAAUUUACAUAAUGUGGUCUGCCAUCUUGGGUGGCGCAAUCAUCUCUCGUUUAAACCAUCACUAAAC